UUAGUUCUUAUGUGAUUAUGUCAGAACUAACCUUGUUUCACUGAGUAUUCCAUGUAUAUAAUGAGAUACUAUAACAUUAAUUAAUAGAUAUAAUGCAAACACAGCAGGAAUAUUAAAAUAACUAUUAGUUUUUCAAAGUUAAUUAUUACUUUUUCAGAACCAACCUUAAAAUAAUUAAUCAAAAUGUUGAAAAUGACGUAUGGGUUUCUUUUUAAUACUAGAGUAUGUUAUCGUUCUUCGAUUUUCUCACAAAUUAAAGAAAUAUCAUCAUCGGCAUCAUUGGAAUCUAAUCUCCAAAAAUCAAAUAUAAAUAUUCAAAAUGAUGAGGUUUUGGAUACUUCUACCAAUGACCAGCCACAAUAUAAAAAUAUUAGGUCCAGGAGUAGAAUAGUGUCUGCUGCGUUUGCUUCUUUGAACGACUCAAAUAAAUUUGAGGUAGAUAUUAAUACACCACAUACUGAUAGCAAAAUAUCAAAUGCAUCAACUGUUGAUGACUUGUUGUCAAUAUCAAAAGGCGAAGGUGUUUCCCGUAGAAUUGCUCUGAAGAUUGUCUCAGUGCUUGCCGAUUGGACUACAUCGAAAAAAAUUAAGCUAGCUGAUUUUGAAAAUGAUUUGAGGUUUAUUAAACUGUGUAAAGUGUUGACAAGAACAUAUAAAUCAGAAAGGUUUGCCGCAUCAAAAAGCGAAGAUUUGUCCACAGUUCUGAGUGUAACUGCUGAUGAAGAAGCAGCCAAAUUGAUUCAGACAGUGACAUUGCCUCAAAUGGUAAAGAUAAUGAAAACAUUAGCAAAUAAAAAACGACGUUCUACUUUACUCCUCCGUACUUUAGCAUAUAAUAUAUCUGGAAAUUCAGAUAAAUUGGACUUGAAACAUUGUUCAGAUUUGCUAUUCAGUAUGGCUUCUUUGAACUUCAUUGAUGAGAAUUUGUUAUCUAAGGUAACAUUAGAUGUAUGCAGUGAGAUAGAAAAUGAGCCAGAAACCAACAAGAGUGCAGUUAUUGGUUCAAUUUUGACUAGUUUAGGAUUGUUAAAGUACAAGAAUACUAUUGUUUUGGAUGUCUUGAGCAAAUGGUUGGUAAAAAAUUGUGAUAUAUGUAGAAGUCAGGAUGUAUUCACUUUAUUCAUCACUUUAGCCACCUUGAAUUAUAUGCCACCUGAUUCUGACAAAUUAUUGAAUACUUUCAGUCCCUAUCUCACAGAAUUAGAAGCUGGCAAUCCAAACAUUUGGUUGGAUCAUAUCUGGUCUAAGGUAAUACUUGAUAUAGCAACACCAGAAGAAAUAUCAUAUAUAUUGAGAGAGCACUUUCUUCAGUCUUUGUUGACAUCUAACAAAGGAAACAGUAUGUCUACAAACCUCAAAAUUUUGAAUAUAAAUGGUGCUGCUGAUUGUCUAAUAGAUGGUUAUAAUAAAAACAAGCUACCUGAAAGCUCUCCAUUCAGAAAUGUUCAACUACAACGAAGAAAGGAGAAAGUUGAAAUUAUUGACUCUGUUUGUACUUCCUUGAAAAAUUUAAUGAACAUUGAGAAAUACUUGAAAUUGAAUACUGAUACAGGAUAUGGAUUUACAAUAGAUGCAGAAUGCAUUUUUGAUGAAAAAUUUAGCCCAAAAGAAUUUGACAAAGAAUUUAUGGGUGGAACAAGAAUAGCAAUUAUGACUUUAGACUACCAUGAUAUGACUAAAGGCCGGUCUGAACCCAUUGGAAUCAAUGUUUUUGCUAAAAGAAUAUUAGAAGCUAAAGGUUACAAAGUGCUACAUAUACCUUAUAAUGAAUUCAAUCCGCAAAGAAAGUUGAUAAGUAGAGUACAAUAUUUAGAGAAAAAUUUGAAAGAGUUGGUUAUGAAUACAACUUAAAGAAAUGUUAUCUCUUAUUAGUGUUUUAAUAAUAAGGAUCACUUUCAUAGUUUUUCUUUUUUGGAUAAUGCAAAGUAUGAAAUCAUUGUUUGAGUUUUCCAUCAACUCAUAAUACAAAUAUUGUGAAUACAUUAAUAUAAUAUAACAAACGA